ACAAGGUCGAAGCACUACACUACUACUCCAGCUGAGCUUGGACAAGAAAAGAGACAGGCAAAUGCAACGCGACGGUCUAGCCAUUGGGUAAACUUGGGGGGGCUUUUGUCCUUUAUUUUUGUCCUGUCCGUCGCGUGGACAAAACCGGUGCACAGGCAGAAGACGAACAGGGCUGAGCUGAUGGGUCCACUGCAUCGGCCACACAACGCCGGGUCAUCCCCCUUCCUGUUCCUGUUCCUGCACGACCACAGCUAGUAUCUCACGUCGAUACUCGACUUGUGACCUGACCUGAAGCCUUCGUCUCCUCCUGGCCAAACGGGCUGGUUGCCAUUAGACAGCAAGUCGACGAGCGAGAGACAGAGCAGGCAGAGGCAGGUCAAGCCCGACUUAAAUCGCAGUCGCCAUGGGUCUCCUUACUGGCGGGAUUCCCCGCAAAGAUAAUGGCCAGAUCGACUUCACGCCACGUCGACACCAUGGCUGGACGUUCUUUAUCAUGAUCCUCGGCUUCCUGUUGCCACCCCUGGCCGUGGCCGCGCGCUUUGGCUUCGGCCGCGACUUUUGCAUCAAUGUCGUCCUCACGCUCAUGGGCUACAUUCCCGGCCACGGCCAUAACUUCUUCAUCCAGAACAUUCGCAACAACGACAACAAGGCGCGCACGCCCAAGUGGGCCAAGCGCUACGGCCUCGUCGAUGACUACGCAGCCAAGAAGCAGCAGAAGAAGCGCCAAUGGGUCGGCCGCUACAACGAUCAGGCCCCGCAGCGGAACCAAUACGACGAGAACGGGCAGGUGUUCACGUACGACCACGACCACCGCUUCGAAGACGGCGACAGGCAGCGGGUGCCCGCAAGGCGAAGCAGCAGUGGUAGCGGCGAGCAGGAGCAAUUCUACGGCGCGGGUGAGCGGAGACGAACCAACGACGACGACGGCUACUCGAUCCGGAGUGGACGGCAGUCCAAGAACAGCAGCACCGACGUCCUCCCCGGCGCAGGCGAGGCCGAGCGGAGGCGGGCCAAGUCCAAGAGCCGCACGCGCGGCUUCCUCGGCCGCAACAAGAGCGGCAAGGCGGACCGGCACGUCAAGUCGACGCAGGUCAUGGGCGACGAGCUCGACGGCUACGACCCCAGCCUGGACAGCUUCGAGAGGCGCAGCGGCCCAGGUCACGCCUACGGCGACAGCCUCGACGGUCCAGAGGACGCAGACAUGACUGUGGGCAAGCGCCUACGCAACCAGCCCACGUCCUCUUCUGCCGCGGCUGGUGGACGCGAGUACGAACACCACGAUGCAAAGGCGUUGCCUGCCGCACCCGUCGUCGACAUCAUGAACGACAACCACGAAUUCUGAUGCUGAUGGCACAUUCUUCUUUCUUUUUUCCUUUCUCUAUCCGCUUCUGCUUUCUCCCCCUACAUGUAAUUUACAGUCGUUUUUCCCUUGUCUCUCUCUCCUUUGUGUCAAUGGCUUAUCUCAUUGCUACCCUCGUCC